AUGGAUAAGAUUAGAGAGAAAUUAAAUAACUUGAAAUUGGAAGCUGAAUCAUGGCAAGAAAAGUAUGAAGAAUUGAAAGAACAAUUCAAACAAGUUGAACAAGAAAACAUAGAAAAGGAAAAUGAAAUCAAAUCUUUGUCCACUAAGAAUCAACAAUUAGAAGAUGAAGUGGAAAAAUUAGAAGAUGAAUUGAAGGAGACUAAAUUAUUAGCAGAAGACUCAACUAAUUUGAAAUCAAAUAAUGAAAAUUUCACUAAGAAAAAUCAAGAUUUAGAAGAAGAAUUGGAAGAAAGUGAUGCUAAAUUGAAGGAAACUAUUGAAAAAUUAAGAGAAUCUGAUUUGAAUGCUGAACAAUUAGGUAGAAAAGUGAUCGCUUUGGAAGAAGAAAGAGAUGAUUGGGAAAAGAAACAUGAAGAAAUUACUGCCAAAUAUGAAGAAGCUCAAAAGGAAUUGGAUGAAAUUGCUGCCUCUUUAGAAAAUUUAUAA